AUGUCUGCUCUCCGCCACAGCCGGACUGCCACAAGGCAGGUCCGUGGCUUCUCGACCUCUGCCAACCUUCGGGUCGGCCCCGAGUCGCCUCAUUUCAUUGAAACACCUCGAACUAUCCAGCCUGCCAAUCCCGUCAAGCCUCAUGUCAAGGGUACCCUGCCCGUUCCUCGUGAACUGUUCCCGGCCCGCCGACAAGACAAGCCGCGCAAAGCAUACCUCGAUGCCGCGACACCUCUUCCCUUGACUGCUCGCACUGUCAACCCGAAAAGUGCCGAUCCAGAGAAGCAGGCCUUUAAGAUCAAGAUGGCGGAGAUGCGGAGGAACAAUCUCCGGGAAGGUCUCCGCAAACUUUACAAGAGAAAGCAGAUCGCCCAGCAAACAGUAUUUGAGCGAAGUCUUGAGAGUGAGGCCAGAAGAGAGCGUGUUCUCCAACAACCGGAGCCUGAAGAUGAGUUUCUUACUCGGACAUCAAUUGUGGAAACGAUGCGACCCCAGAAAGGUGCUGCCCUCUCAGACCCAAAUCGGGAAGAACGAUUGGCCCUCUCACGGACGCGACUGGAGGCCAAGCAGGCCCAGAAGGAUGCCAUUCGUCGUGAGGAAAUUCAAUCGCUGUAUAUGAACGCGCGAACCUUCAUCGUGAACGAAGAACAGCUCGCCGCUGAGAUCGACCGAGUAUUCCCGGAGGGUGAGAACGAAGCCUGGCGCAACGACCACCAGCAGGGUGAGAACAUCUGGAACUUGGGUGUUCCGCCGACCAUUGUCAACCUGGUCAACGAUGCCCGGAAGAGCGAAACUGGUCGCUGGGAUCUCAUCCAGGACCGAGUCAAGAAGCUUGGCGAGCAGAUCACUGGUGGCAAGCUGUGA